UAUCGCCAUCUUUGUGUCUCUCUGCGUUGCCGGAGCUCCUCCGCGACGGUAAAAGUCCGACGAUCUCUUCUUCUGAAUCGAAUGUGGUGUUAAGGCUGUAACUUGGAUCUUUAGGCCCAUCUUGUUUUUGGAGCUAUGAAGAUUGCACCUGGGUCAUCAUCUUAUGAUGCAGAUUUUACGGACUUUGAAUCUAAAAUUCAUCUGCUAGAGACUGUAGCAUAUGAUGCUGUUUUACGAGCCUUUAGGGUUCAAGCUGAUGAUCUGUCAUGGAGUAAGGAAAGCCUCCUAACAGACUUGAGGAAGGAACUGAGGAUUUCUGACGCUAAUCAUAGAGAGAUCCUUGGGCAAAUUAAUAACGAUCAGUCAAUCAAGUCAUUAAGGAAUUGGCACAAAGCCAAAUGUUUUCAGCAGCAAAAAACUGAGAACCACCCUUGCAUUGACGUGAAUUCUAAAGUUCGUGUAUCUCGUAAAAAGCUGAAGCCAUCCAACAUUGCUUCACCCUCUCUGCAAUAUUUGCCUUCUCUUCAGCCUUCACAGACGAAUUGCAGAGAUGGCAUAUUUUCCCCACAAGUGGGUAUCGCACGUCCCAUGGUUCAUCUUGCUCGAAACAGGCAAGCAUCUAACGCUAGCAGAGGGAAAGGAUCAAUGGUUGUUUCAGUUUCCAGAAAUGGUUUAAUGCAAUCAGGGAAUGAAAAUAUAAAGGCUGGUUCAGACAUAAUUCAGAUUCGUUCAACAAAUGAGCUUUUAUUUGAGGUGCAGAAGAUAUGUGGUAGUGACAACCCUGAUCUGAAACGUCUACAACAAGCAAAACAUAUGCUCAGAGAACAUGAGAAAGCCCUUAUGGAUGCAAUUGAAAAAAUUGCUUAUGUGCCAGAUAGGAGUGAGUCCACUGAAGAGCCUGAUCAUGAUAUUGGUCACUGGCAAGUUGAGAGGGUAACACAAAGUGCUUCAGGCAAUGCAGCAGGACAUGGCAUUCCAUGUAUUGAUCUCCAAGACAGUGAAUAUGAUUAAGAGGUUGGUAGUCACAUCUUAUGCAAACCGAUAACCGCUCCCUGACACUGCUAAAUCAUUGGCCAACAAUGCAUAGUUCUGUAAAUGAUGCAAGAAUAUCCUUGACAUACACUGGGAAUCUGACAACUGUUUCCUGCAGUUUGAUAAUAGAUUUUUCAAGAUAUGCUAGUGUAGGUAUUAUACAACUCUGUGGUUACCUUGGCAUUGUUUUGUUGCCAGUGCAUAUAUGCUAACUGCUGUGUUCUGUGUGCAUAGCACAGCAAAGAUUUACAGUUCAGAUUAAAGGCUGAAUUUUAACAUACAAGUAGUAGGAUCAUUUGCUCAUUCAUUAAUCAGGAAAAUUUCAGCU